CGCCACUGGCCCGAAGAGGCGCAUCUCUGCGCAGCGGGAGGAGGCGGGAUGGGAGCGGGGAGGAGCCGCCGCGCGGGUGCAUCUUUCCCGGACGACGAUCGCCUCCAGCCUUUCGUAGCUGCUGCUGAGGAGGGAUGAGGUCACCCACACGUCCGCAUCCCUGAAAGUCGCCGGAGCGCCGCGGGUUAAAUGAUUCUCAGAAGUUCCCAAUUGGGACAAUAAGGAUCAUUUUGCAAAAAAAGUUGCAAAGAAGCAGACCAAGUUCGUAGGAAAAGAUGGCAAAUUUUAAAGGUCAUGCACUUCCUGGGAGUUUCUUCCUUAUCUUUGGCCUGUGGUGGUCUGUGAAAUAUCCACUGAAGUACCUCUGUCGAAGGAAAAAGAACGCUUCCAUUGGUUCCAAGGCAGGAUUUCAUCGCUUAGAAAUAGCAGAAGGCAUAGCCAAAGCCUCCUUUGCCCUUAUUGGUAUGAUCGCCGAGCAGUUUGUUCCUGAUGGGCCACAUCUGAAGUUAUACAAUUAUGAAGAGAAACAAUGGGAUCACCUAAUGAACUGGCAGCAUGCAACCAUGUAUCUUUUCUAUGGCAUCUCAGGGAUGGUAGACAUUGUGGUGCACAGCACUAAUGUGUUACCAGUAGCCUUGGACAGGUUGAUGCUUUCGAUUGCUGUUUUUGUGGAAGGAUUUUUAUUUUAUUUCCACAUCCACGGGCGACCUAUGUUAGAUUACCAUGUUCAUCAGUUACUUGUAGUGGCCGUCUUUGGAGGAGCUGCUUGCAUCUUCUUGGAGGUCUUCUUCCGUGGCGUCAUUGUCCUUGAGAUGUUCCGAACAAGUCUUUGUAUACUGCAGGGGAGCUGGUUCUGGCAGAUUGGAUUUGUACUUUAUCCUCCAAGUGGGGGUCCAGAAUGGAACCAAACGGACCACAAUAAUAUCAUGUUCAUCACCAUGUGCUAUUGCUGGCAUUAUGCAUUUGCACUUCUAAUUAUGGCUUUGAAUUACACCGUAAUCAGCUGGAUAGUUCGCACAAAACUAAAACAAACUCCAUCCAUGGAAAUUGGAUUAUUGAAAACAUCUGAGCGAGAUCAGGAAUCAGAAGAUGAGAUCUAAUUCAGCACAAAUGUUUUCUUAAGGUUUAGCACCUAUUCUUUCCAUUUCUGACUUGUAAUGGCAUUGUUUAUCACAUCAUUAAGACUCUGCAUUAAUUUAUGAAACUUCCAUUAGUGCAUUGUUUAUCCUUUGCUUGAAGUAGAAAGAGAAUGUUUUGCUAAUGAAUAGGCUGGGGUGACAUUGUCAUGUGCAAAUCAAUCCAGACCAUUAUUAUGGGGCUAUUCUUUCAUUGCUCUUGGGUAAACUGGGAGAUUUCCACACGUGGCAAUCAAAUGCAACCCUGCCGUUGCAUAAAACUGAUUGUAUACAUCUUAAAACCAAUCCAGUCAUAAAAUGUGCACAUCUAUUUUUAACUAUAAAGAAUAAUUUGUUGUCUGUCCAAAGUGUAUCUUGCAAAUUUAUAUUUUUCAAAGUUAUUGCUUUGUUUAUUAUUAUUUAUUAUCGAGUACGAUCUAAUUGCAUUACAAAUCUUGUGCAAAAAAAAAGUUAGUGUUGUGACUUAGGACACAAUGGUAUUCUUGAAAUGGUGGAUGAUUGUAAGCACUAUGUUAGACUUGUUACUUACCUUGCAGCAGAGUCCAUUUAUAUAAAUAAGGCAUAUAUGUCUGCUGUAUAUCUUAGAGCCUUUGCUCUGAAUUUACUCAGUGUGUAGUAGAGUUGGGUGAGAGGGUUCAAAUCCCCACUUGACCAUGAAACUUGACCACACCUUGGAAAAGUCAUUAUGUCUCUGUGAGGCAUGGGGAAUAUGAGGCCCUCCAGAUGUUGUUGCACUCCAUCUCCCAUCAGCCACAGACAGCAAGGCCAAUCAAUGAUCAUGUAGGAUGGGAGUUGUAGUCCAGCAACCUCUGUAUAGCCACAGGUUCCCUAUCCCUAUACUCAAAGCAAACAGUGAUUACUGUUUGGGAGAGGGCUAUGGCUGUGCUACCUCCCUCACUUGCAGAUACCUCUUCCUGGAAGUAGUACUCAUUCCUUUUGAGUUUGCUUACUGGGAAAGCACCAUUUAGAAGUAUCCUUAUUUGUGCCACGUUACUCAGUAUGAAGCUAUACUCAGGAAAUACCCUAUGACAUAGCGUGCCUUUUAGCUUUCUUGUCAGUAAGUAUAUUAUCGGCUGGGAAUAGCGUAUGUGGGACAUAAAAUGGCAAGUGUGUCUAGCAGAUUUAAUAGGAUGUACAUAUGUUCUGUUUGGGAAAUCCAACUUUAAAUGACUCCUCUACCAAUGGACAAGAGCAUUUUGAUUUCUACUUCAUAUGCACUUUCUAAACACCAAAAGUUAUUGUUACAGCAAUCUUUUGGUAGAGAAGAAGAAGAAUUCUGUUUAUCAAGUAAUCAAUGAAGGAUCCUUCAGGCUAGUGCAGCUACUUAAAAUUAUGAAUAAUAACUUGGUUUUAAAUGUUGAAAUAAAUUGUUCCAGUUUACUUUGAAACAAGCAA